UGCUAAGUAACAGCUCCUAUGCUCUCCGUGCUUCGCCAAGCAGAAGCUAGCUAAAUGCUACGACCCAGAUUAUGGGAAAACCCGAAGCCACAAGUAGUGUCUGUUUGAUGAGAGUGCAGAUUUGAAGCAAUGACUGCUAUAAAAGACGGAGAGUACACGGCUACGAUCUACAAACUGAUUAAAGAUGGUCAGUAUGUGGAUGCCAUUCACAUCCUGAACGGCCAGCUCCAAAAACACACCAAGUCCAGGGCGGCGCUGUCUCUGCUUGGUUUCUGCUACUAUCACAUCCAGGACUUCACCAACGCCGCCGAGUGCUACGAGCAGCUCACGCAGCUGCACCCGGAGGUGGAGGAGUACAAAGUGUACUACGCCCAGUCCCUGUACAAAGCUGGUGCUUAUCCCGAGGCCACCAAGGCUUCAUUUGCACUCGACAACCCCAGCAGCCAAACCAAGAUGGUCAAGCUGCAGGCCUGCAUUAAAUAUUGUGAGGAAGAUUAUUCCGCUGCCAAGUCGCUGUUGGAGCAGCUGCCGCCGGACGACCCGGACUACGUCUACAAUAUGGGCUGUUUGCUUUACCAGGACGGCAAGUAUGAGGAGGCCUGCAGGAAGUUCAUGUCCGCCAUGCAAGUGCUGGGAUACGUGCCAGCGUUGUCCUACAACAUCGCCCUGACUUAUUACAGCCUGAAGAACCACAAUCAGGCCCUCAAGUGUAUUGGAGAGAUCAUAGAACGUGGAAUCAAGGAACAUCCAGAGCUGAGUGUCGGGAUGACGACCGAAGGCAUCGACAUCCACAGCGUGGGAAACACGCUGGUCCUGCAUCAGUCGGCCCUGAUCGAAGCCUUUAACCUCAAAGCUGCGAUCAAUUACGAGCUGAAGAACUUGAAAACAGCUCAGGAGGCUCUGACGGACAUGCCCCCGAGAUCAGAUGAGGAACUGGACCCAGUGACGCUCCACAACCAGGCUCUGUUGAACAUGGACACGAAGCCGUCGGAGGGCUUCGAGAAGCUGGCCUUCCUCCUGCAGCAGCCCUCCUUCCCCCCUGUCACCUUUGGAAACCUGCUGCUGCUCUACUGCAAACACGAGUACUUUGACCUGGCAGCUGAUGUCCUGGCAGAAAACGCACAUCUCACCUACAAGUUCCUCUCGCCGUACAUGUACGAGUUUCUUGAUGCUUUGUUGACCUGCCAGACGGCACCAGAGGAGGUACGGUACAAAACACCUGACCCCUUAUUAACAGUGCAGGAAACCAGGCUGACUCGAGAUGAGGAGCUGCUGAAGAAACCUGUGCAGGACUUCGAACUGAUGCAGGAAAAGUACAUCGUCGUCCUCAUGGCUCAGGCUAAGAUCUACUGGAACCGCGAGAACUUCCAGAUGGUGGAGAAGAUUUUUCGCAAGUCGGUGGAGUACUGCAACGAUAACGACACCUGGAAGCUGAACGUGGCUCACGUGCUCUUCAUGCAGAACAAGUACAAGGAGGCUAUCGGCUUCUACGAGCCCAUCGUCAAGAAGCACUACGACAACAUCCUGAACGUGAGCGCAGUGGUCUUAGCCAACCUGUGCGUGUCCUACAUCAUGACGAGCCAAAACGAAGAGGCUGAAGAGCUGAUGAGGAAGAUCGAGAAAGAAGAGGAGCAGAUCUCCUACGACGACCCCGACAAAAAGGUCUUUCACCUCUGCAUCGUCAACCUGGUCAUCGGGACGCUGUACUGUGCAAAGGGAAACUACGACUUUGGCAUCUCCCGUGUCAUCAAGAGCCUGGAGCCUUACAACAAGAAGCUGGGGACGGACACAUGGUUCUACGCCAAGCGCUGUUUCCUGUCCCUGCUGGAGAACAUGUCCAAACACAUGGUCAUGCUGAGGGACACCGUGGUGCAGGAGUGCAUUCAGUUCCUGGAGCACUGCGAGGUUUAUGGGAAGGAGGUGCCGGCCAUCAUCGAGCAGCCUCUGGAGGAGGUCCGCAUUCACAUCGGCAAGAACACCGUCACCUACGAGGCUCGGCUUCUCAAGGCCCUGUUCUACGAGGUGAUUGGCUGGAACAAGUGACAUCACAAAGGUGUUACCGGCUGAGUUAUGACAGUUUAAUAAGUUCCACAGAAACUCUGUUUAAAGACGGUCAGACCACAGUGACGUGUUUCUGUGGAGCUUUCGUCCGGCUUCUUCUUCUGGCUGAAGGACGUGAUCUCAGCGAGCAGAUCUGAUGUAAUCACAGUUAACGGGCUGCAGUUAUCAUCACUAUGAACACAACGGUUUGUAGAACAGACUUUAGUUUUAUUGGUUAUGUUUAUUUCACUAACAAAAACAUACACGAUGAUAGUAAUGUAUGUUUAUCUCCAUGCAUUCGGUUCAUGCAGAUCCUCUGCAGCCGCUGCUCCCGACUGUUUGUCGAUUAAAUACGUGUGAGAAACAAUACGAUUUAAAGUAAAUAAAGAUAUUUUUAGAACUUAA